GGCCGUGGAGACGAAGACGACGAAGACGACGAUGAGCAUCGACAAGCUGCAGCCGCUCGGCGACGCGCCGACGCUCGUGACACGGCUCAUGCGCAUGGAGUCCUUCCUGGACGAGAGCAAGGCCUUCCCGCUGCAGGUGGUGGCUGAGGCCGACAAUGGCGUCUACCAGCCGCUCUUUCUGGACAAGGAGCUCUAUGACAUGGAGCUCGACCCGUUCAACUUUGACCUGGACGCGCUCGAGCUGCCGUCCGACGAGAACGACCUGCCGCUGCUCAACUUUAAUGCCAACAUUGCCGACAUUCACGCCUGCGACGACAAGGCGACGGGCGACAACCUCGACUGGAACAUGAUGUGCGCCAAGAAGGAGAUGGACCAGAUCACGCCGCUGCCCUACUCGUUUGGCCUGGCAACCGCGCCUAAGGCCAAGGACUCGCAGAAGCGCGUGCCGCUCGCACCGCGCGCGACGCCGCUCGCGCAAACGUCCUUCUUGCCUGUCUCGAUGAUGCCAUCGACAAGUGCGCCGCUGCGCGUGACGAUUCCCAAGGCGGACGUGCCCGACGACGAUAUGGGCAAUGACGAUGGCGCCGACUCGCCCAACUCGAGCGCGCGCAAGACGUGCACACACACCGGAUGCAACAACCGCGCCCGAUCGCACCAAAAGUGCAAGAAGCAUGGCGGCGCCCGACAGUGCACGCAUGCGGGCUGCCUCAAGAACAGCCAAAGCCGAGGCCUCUGCAUCGCUCACGGCGGCGGCUCGCGCUGCCGCUUUGAGGGCUGCCACCGCGCGUCGCAAUCGCGUGGGCUGUGCAAGUCGCACGGCGGUGGCAAGUUUUGUGCCGUGGACGGCUGCAAGAAGAAGGCGCAUCUCAAGCAACUGUGCCGCAUGCACGGUGGUGGCGAACGCUGCAAGGCGCCCAAGUGCCUCAAGUGGGCCCAACGCAAAGGCUGGUGCAUGUCCCACGCCAAGGAGCACGAGGUCUAACGCCGCCACUGCCAUGUAUGUAUGUUGCCGCAGUCUCUGCGGACCCACUAUUAUUUGAAGAUGAUUUAACGCCCCUGCCUUACGACGUACUUGGAGCCACACCACUGUAGACUAGAGAAACCCUCCAACACGAUUUUUGCUUUAUAUUCCC